CCUAAAUACAUACUUUAAACAUAAUUUUUAAUUUAAUAUUUUUCAGUUCACAGAUCAAGUGCGGUGAUUUUUGGUUGCUUAAAAUAAUUAUAAUCAAUUAAAAGCAAUAAGGACUUACUUAAAUCAUACAUCAAUAAUUAUGUACAGUGUCUUGUAUUAUAGAUUUGAAUUAUAAAAAAAUGUUUUAAAAGUAUAAUUUUAUUAUUAUAUGACUAUCGAUUGUACGAUAAUGGCAGGUUUCGGAGAUCAUUCCGGUUAUAACCGACCGUUUGGUUUAGAUCCUAAUCGAGAAACGAAUGAUUUAUACGAUACCCGUUACCAGCAGAUUUAUGGGUACCAUACUCCAAUUACUGAAGAGUUUCAAGGACCACCUCUUGUUAUGGAUGAAAACCCAGAUGAAGAUAACAAUGCUUAUAUAACAACCGCAAUAAGUGUAGCAAGUCUUAUAACAGAGAAUUUGUUAAGUCAUCCAUUCAUUGUACUCAGAAGACAAUGUCAGGUCCAUAACAAUCUAAGGAACUAUCACAUAGUUCCUUACACUCUGUUACCUGUAGUAGUGAGACUACACAGGAGACAAGAUGUCACAACUCUCUGGAAAGGGAUUGGCUCCACUUGCAUUGUGAGGGGUUUGAAUUUAGCUGUUGAAGAUGCUGUAGCCAAGGGCACUGGUUGGCCUAAGGAGGUGAACAAGUGCAAUUCUGUUUUGCAAUUUGUCCAGCACAUAGCUCUAAAAAGCCUAAGUUUGGCAUUAAUAACUCCAUUCUAUUCUGCGAGCUUGGUAGAAACAGUGCAGAGUGAUAUCGCCAGUGACAAACCAGCUCUAUUUGAUGUGUUCAGAGAGGGAUUUGUUCGUAUACUCGAGUGGGGCACACCCAGUAAAGGACGCAUGUUACCAAUAUGGGCAAUUGUACUACCUACUGUAGCCCUAGGCGUUUCUAAAUAUAUCUCACAUAUUACACUGAGAAGUAUAACUGCAAGAAUACUCCGGUUCCAACAACGGCAUAGGCAUGAGCUGAGCGAUUCAUACAAUUACAGCAAAAAUGUACAGAAUCCUCUUAUAGAAGAUAUCAAUCUGAAAGCAAACAUUUUCUCAUUUAUUACUAUGGAAAUACUUUUUUAUCCAGUGGAGACUAUAAUACAUAGACUUCAUAUACAGGGUACUAGAACAAUCAUUGAUAAUUUAGACACAGGAACAUCAGUGACACCUAUUCUAACAGGAUAUGAAGGUUUCAUGGACUGUUAUAAUACAACAAUAGCCCGGGAAGGAAUUUCAGGGUUGUACAAAGGGUUUGGUGCGCUAGUACUGCAGCUUGUAGCUCAUAUUUCAAUAAUUAAACUCACUACAAUUGUAGUUACUGAAAUAACAAACCUGUUGAAGCCAGUCAAGUCUCCUACAAACUCUGAUGAUCAUACACAACAAAAGUACUUGUUUAACUAGUCAAGUGAAUGAUAGUUACCCUUUUAACAGAAAUUUUGGUAAUCCAUGCGUCAGAAUGUUUUUAAAGGAACUUAAUUUUGAAUUUGGUGUUAUAUUUUGAUAAUUUAUGUUAUAGUUGAAUCUUUUGUUUUUGUAUUACUAUUACAUGGAUAUGCUAAGUAAAUGUUUGAAAUGACUGUUAAUCAUUUCAUUUAAUAAAAGUCAUUUAAUGUUA